AUGAAAUACAGAGUCGACACAAAAUUAGCAGACGAUAAUUUAAUUAAUAAAAUAGAAAAAUAAUCUUUAAAAGCUAAAUCAUAAACUGAUUUAAGAAUAGCUCGAUAAUUUUUCUUUAUUAGUAAUGUAGUAAAUUAAAAUUAAAAAAAAAAAAAUUCAGAUAAACGUUCGACUUGGUGGAUUUUAUUUUUAGGAUAUGUAAAUAUUAUUUUUCUGUUUGGCUUUUAUAUAUUUUGGAUUUACUCAUAAUAAUAUCCAAACGAAGAUCUAUAUAAUUAAUUUAUAGAUAAUCAAAAUAAUGCAAUUAUUGAAGAUAUCAUUUCCAUAGAUAAUAGUAGUUAAUGUCCUAAAGAAGUAUAUUAUAUUAAUUAAAUUUAGUAUGAAAAUUUAUUUGAAUAUAAUUGGCCAGGUACUAAUUUUGGUUGCGAUUGUAGUAAAAUACUAAAAGAAAAAAAUAAUUAAACUCUUUUUAAUUAUAUGUGUAAUGAAACUUUAUUGAAUAGAGGAUGCAAGCCCUUGUAUGAAAUAAAAGAAAAAAAAUUAAAUAAAUUAAAUGAUAACAGUUUUUCUAAACGUAUUUGGUUUGAUUAAUUUAGCAUUUAUUUUAUGUUCUAAAAGAAGAUAGGGUGUAUCAUUAAGAUAUAAUUUUUCUUAUUGCCAAGAAUAAGAAAAAACAAUAUGUGGAUCUGGUUCAUUUACUUAUUGUUUGCCAAAAAAUGUAGAUUGCCCUAUCUCAUAAAUCGGUUUUACUCAAUAGUUUAAUUAAUAAUAAAAUUCUUAAUAUGAUAAAAUCUUUAAAGUAUCAAAUGGACUUUAUUUUUAUUAUAUUAAGAAUUAAACUUUAAUGCCUAUAUCUCAAAUUUAAAUGACAGAAACUUCAUAAGUCUGUAAAUAAAAUUCAUUAAAUAAUAUCUCUCCUAAUCGAUCAGAUUACUUUUUAAUGAAGAUUCGUAGAAAACCUUGUUUAGAUAACGAUACUUAAUUUAAAGUUGUUUAUAAUAUUAAUGAAGAUCAAUUCUAUUUGGCAAACAAUUUAAUUGCUUUGAAUCGCUAAUUAAAAUAUUUUAAAGUCAAUAGCUCAGUAGUUUGGACACUAUAAACUAAAGCUUAUACUUAAAUAAAGGAUAGUUGUUAAUAUGAAUCAAAUUAUGAAAACUUUUUAGAAAAGUAAGAUCUCUAAAAUAUUAAAAAUGAAAGAUAUUUAGUAGAUUUAUUAAUCAUUCCAAUAUCAUUGCUACUAUUUAAAUAAUUGUUUACUCAUUUGACUAAACUAAAAUAUAAAUAAAAAAGAAAGUUUUGUUGUUUUGGGCUUAUUCAUUUUGAUUUAUUACUUAUACUGAUUUUCAGAAUUUUAAAAAUAGCGUCUCAUGUUUUGAUUAUAGCUUUUAUUUCAAUAGAAAUGCAUUAGUUUAAAAAUAGUAAAUAAAGUUUUUAAACCUUUGUCACUUCAUAAUGUAUAGUAACAGAAUUAGCUUCUAAUUUUUAUGAUUUUAAUUAACUCAGUGAUUCAGAAAUAUUGUAUACAUUAAAAAUAAUUACCAUAUUAAUUUAAGCAAUUUUAAUAGUUUUUCUCUUAUUCAAACUCUAUUAAGAAGGAUUUAGUAUUAUUAUUAAAAGCUGUUAACAAGGAUUAAGAUGGUGUAGAAAAAACUGUUAAGAAGGAUUAAGAUGGUGUAGAAAAAACUGUUAAGUUUUACCAGUGAGUAAUGAAAAUAAUUAAGGUUAAGGACAAUCACCAGGGAUUUAAUAAAGUUAGCAACCAUAAGGUAAUGAAUCAAGUAAUCCUCAAUUACAAUAAUAAUAAAAUAAUGAAUAAAAUAAUGAAUAAAAUAAUGGGAAUUAGAGAGGAUCAAGUGAAUAGAGUCAUUUAAUACAUGAAUGA